UGCACGUCGCUCCUAAACCAAAAGACCGGAUGAUGACCGCACAACAUUGAAAAGGGGGGCACCCCCAGUUGGUUCCUUCAAGAACCAACGGGGAACCCUUGUUUUCGGCUGAGAUCGAGAGCCAACAAACACGACCAUGUCCAUGACGAGAUAGAGGUCGAGACCACACGCCUCUUCCCUUAGCCAAGUCGAUCAGUAGAACCAACAGACAGUCACUGUGCGGCAACAGCCAGCGUCUGGUUUAUCACUGCUUGUUUCCUCUACCGCACCGAAACAACAAGUCGAUCCAGCUAACACAGGAUCCAGUCGAGCCGAAAGCCAGGUCUACCGUAGCUAGCUAUUGGUUCCUAAGAGUCCGUUCAUGAGGCGACAACAACGACCGCUACAGUUGUGACUAGAUUUUCAUCGCCAUUUGGUAGAGGACGCAGCAAGCUGAAAGCAAGGCGCUGGUUUCUCUCUGCGGUCAAAACGCAAUACACAUUUCCCAGCCCUCGGAACCCUUUCCUUAAUGGUCUUUAUCAAUCCUCUUUUGGCAAGACAAGACCGAACAACCAACGAUACAGCAUCCUCAUCAUACGCAGAAACAAACAACAACAACCAUGAGUGGCAGAAGAGUCCCUGGAAGAGGUCCCGGCAGAGGCAUGGACCGUAAGAGCUCCUUUGCACGGAGCUUCUUCUCGUCGGGGGAAGGAGAGAAUGGCGAAGAAGCACAAUUAGAUGACUCGGUACCAGUACCGAGAUCUCGGCCUCUGGGUCGACUGGCAUCACGUCGGAACCUCUCAAUAGCGAAAAGACCCUCCAUGAUGAGUGCGCCCUCGCAGAGAGGGAUCGAAGCCACACGAUCUGGAGACUCCUUGAGCAGUGCUGCUGCAUCUCUGGCCAGUGCUGGUGGUGGAGCUGCUGGGAAACUCUCCAGUCCCGUAGCUGUUGCGGCGGCACCACCACGGAAUGCGGAAGAAAAUUGGCUGCGGCAGUCCAUGCUACGAUCGUCAGGUGCAGCAAGUGGUGGUGGUGGUGCCAUUGGCUUUGAUAUGAAUGCCAUUGAUGCUGCCCUGAAAGAAGAUGAAGCACUAGAGGCUGGGUUUGAUGAUGAAGAAGUUUUGGAACAAUAUCGGAUCAUGGCCCAGCACGAAGCUACACUACGUGUCAAAGCCAACACGGGGUUUGAUAUGGCAGAUUAUGAAAAGAGACGAAAAGUACAAGGGAAUGAAAACAAAGACAAGAAAGAACUCUACGGGGGAGGCAAAAAGCCAAAACUCGGUCUUCCCCCGCCACAGCAUGUUCUGUCCUCUCUGAAUUCCAAUCAUAAUGGCAACAGCCACAGCCACUCCGGCGUCGGUGGAUUCUCUGCUCCGCCGUCAAUACCCCUCUCACAAAAAGGUGGCUACGGAUUCACAAAUGGCAGCAGUAGUGCCUGUAUCAGUGACAACUACAUGACCUUUUUGGAAGAGCAGCACACAAAGGCACAAUCACUGCCUGAAUUAUCACAAGGAGAAAUUGUACGAAAUACUCAAACUGCAGAAGGAGAGCACGUCGUGCGCUGCUGGGGCUGUCGACUGAACCUCCGAGUCAACUACGUGGCAACCCUAGUUCAGUGCCCCGAAUGCAAAACCGUCAGUCAAGCGAGGAAAAGGGCCUGAGACAACGCUUUCUGCCUCCUGGCCGGCCUCAUUUAUUUACACUCAGCAAGAGUCGAGUCGCAUCGAAAGUCGAGUCAAUCAAUCACUUUGUGCCUUGGAAGGAACGAAUAAAUAGCGCUGGUCGGUCGCAUUGUUGCAUUAGUCUGUGGCUAGAUGAACGAACGAAUGGUGGCAAGCAGAUAGAAAUCUGCCACCAUUUAGCUCUUUUGCUUCAGCAUACGUACUCUUGAGGUAUCAAAUGAGUGGCAGUAGACAGCAAGUUGAUCAAACAUCACCUAGCUAGCCUCGUAGGAAUUCCAAUGAUUGGGCAUAUCUCCGGUUCAACGGCUUCUCUCUUGAGACGCUUACUAUAGUCCGGACGAAUGUACUAGUACCGUACUGUUCAAGCUUUCUUUUCUUUCAAAGGGAGCCACGCAGCUGAUACCAUAGUGUUGCCAGGACUGUAUUUGUGAAGGAGGCCCUGCACUUAGAAACUGGCGGGCGCAGCAAUCCGUAGCCUGUGAACCGAAAGGAUGAAGAGCUUGUGCUUGCCAGUAGCCCCCUCUCUUUCGAAACGCACUCCCGUGUCUUAUCUUGCAAGUGAUGACCUACGGCAUAUUGCCACUGUGUUUUGUGGGCAAGCCUGAGGACUAAUAAAGACACCUAAGCAAGGGGUCAAGGGGGUCUCCCGUUGUCCAAACAUGCCUUGCAACUAACUUUAGUCAAGCAAAGAUCGACAAGGAAAUGGCAUGUUUUGACCCACUGAUACAUGAAUAAUGUGGGAUUUUGAGGCCUAGUAACUACCAUACAUUUGUGAAUAACCUACAGGCUAUUAGAUUACAUGUUUGUUUGCU